UAGCAUUGGGAGCUUCUGCUCACAGUUUUCCCUCACAGCUCUUGGGUGUCCUACACCAGAGUCUCCUCUUUCCCAAAAUCCAGAUGAAGUUUCCCUUACUAAUGAGUCUUUAUCUGAUUGGAUGUGCCAGAGGAGCAUCAGGUCAGCCUGAUGAGCCUCCUGGCUCUAUGAGUCAUCAAGCUUCAGUUCAGCAAUUUUCAGGUGAGUACUUUUCACUUGGAAACCCUUCAGAUGGUGAGACUUUAUAUGAGACUUCUGCAGGCGAGAGCACUUUAAGUGAGCAUACUUCAGGUGAGCACACUUCAGCUGAACAUGCUUCAAGUGAACACGCUUCAGGUGAACGUGCUUCAGGUGAGCAUGCUACGGGUGAACAUACUUCAGGUGAACAUAUUGCCAGUGAGCACACUUCUGGUGAACAACCUUCAGGUGAACAGCCUUCUGGUGAAAAGCCUUCAGGUGAACAGCCUUCUGGUGAAAAGCCUUCAGGUGAACAGCUUUCCGGCGAACAGGCUUCUGGUGAAAAUAUUUCUGGUGAACAGUCUUCCAGUGAAAAACCUUCAGGUGAACAGGCUUCAGCUGAAAAGCCUUCGGGUGAACAAGCUUCCAGUGAGAAGCCUUCCGGUGAACAGGGUUCAGGUGAACAAGCUUCAGGUGAACAGGCUUCAGGUGAAAAGCCACUGGGUGAACAGUCUUCAGGCAUUCCACCAUCAAGCACAUUUUCAGGCCCAAUAUUAAAUUGCCACACAUGCUCAUAUAUGAAUGAUCAUGGAAAAUGUCUUCGUGGAGAGGGAGUCUGCUCCACUCAGAAUUCUCAGCAGUGCAUGUUAAAGAAGAUCUUUGAAGGUGGAAAACUCCAAUUCAUGGUUCAGGGGUGUGAGAACAUGUGCCCAUCUAUGAACCUAUUCUCCCAUGGAACCAGGAUGCAAAUUAUAUGCUGUCGGAACCAAUCUUUUUGCAACAAGAUCUAGAAGUCUGUGCCUUUGCUUCCUGCCCUGACUCAGGCAGUAAAAAUUCUCCAUCACCCUAAAGGGCUUAAUUUAUAUUUUGUUUCUUCCCCAGUCAAUAAGUAAUCACGUCUGUCUCUGCCUGAGUGUCAGACAGGAUGUUCAAAUACCUCACCCUUCCUCUCCUAUCCAUGACCCGUGACCCAUGCUUCUCUGUCUUCUGUCUUCCCUUACCCCAUCUCUCAACAUUCUUUGCUUUCUCAAUAAAUCCUGCAUGGUCAAGAAUA